AUGUCAACUCAGGUGAUCAGUGUCAAUACUCCAUCGCGGACAAAGCUUUCACCGACCGAGCUGUUCGUCAUGAGCCAAACCCCAGAGGACCGCAGCUCGGGGGAUCCCGCUAGCGUUGACGGAAGCCCGACGGAUACCGCAAACCUCACCAUCACAUGCGCCGGGGUCCGCCCUGGGAUGGCGGUGAGAUUCUUGUCCUCCUUGUCUGAGAGGGACCAUCCGCCCAGCAAAUCCAAGGUGUCAAUCACUCGAACCUGGACGUGGACUCCGGCCGCCUCACCCACCGUCCACCUGCCCAUCGAAUGCAAAGACCGAGACUACCAGAUCAAGACUGGCCCAGUCAGGCCGCCUGUGUUCAUCUUCAAUCGAAGGGAAAUUUGGACGGAAUCUCCGGUCCUGCAGAACUACAACGCCAUAUCGCUCUCAUCACUUCAGCAAUACCUUCCGGUCAGCGUCGAUGUAGCAGCAGGGACAGUCACUUUCUCGUUCACGUGCGAUGCGUCCAUCUCGCUCACGCCCGAAGCCAUCUCGAGCACGAGAACGCCCACUGAGGUCCCAAAUUCACCCCUUGCCUCGAUAGUCGAAUCAUCCUCAGACUUCCCGGUUGGAUCUGGAGAGAAGGUGCGAAAGCGCGUGAUCAAGGGGAAGACAACCAGGCCGACGGAGAAGCGUUUGUCCCCAAACGAGAUGAAACUCCUCUGCCUGACCGCAACCUUCGGUGCUGAAGGGGAGGAUCUCGACGCUGGCGCCGGGACCAACUCAACUCAUAUUGCUACACUCACGCUUCACUGUCUGGGCCGGGGUGUAGGAGCGGUGGAGUACUUCUCUUCUCUGAAGCAGGAUGAGUUGAGUGGUGUAAUGGAACCCAAACAGACAUUACGCCAGUGGGAGCUAAAGCCAACAGCGAAUCAUCCCGGCGGUCUCGCCCAUACCUUCCUGUGGAAAGACAGCCUGUACGAGGUACAGCGGCUUGUGGAUGACUCUAUACGCAUCCAUUUCAAACGAAAGCCUGAAUGGUCCACCAGUCCACUGGACCCAUUCCAGUCGGUCUCCCUCAAAUCGAUCCAACGCAGCCAUCGCGUGACCAGGAACGACGAUGCAAAGACGGUGACGUUCACGUUCGCUUGUGACCUCGAAACCCGACAGACGAGAGGGACUCAGUAUCAGAUCGACUAUCCUCACGUCCUGGACGGCUCAGCUUACGAGUCGGACAGCAUCAUGGACGAGGGAUCGCCGGACAAAUUUGGAGACUCAACAGACAUGGCCAGGGCCAACUCAGCUGACAUGACCACGGAAGACUUGGCCUCGCUGGAAGCUUUCCUGCAGUCCGACGAAGGCACUUAUAGUGCAGAGGGGAGGAUUCAGGGGGAGACCGACAUGGACGAAUUCGAUGUGACUGAUCUUGUCGAGGGAUUCGACCUCGAUGACAUGGAUCUUGACUUGGAAAUCGGCGCCGUGCCUCCCGACCAGGGUGGAAGGUUGGGAGAUUUCUUUCCGGCUUACGGAUUUGACUGGAGUACGUAUGCAGGGCAUGCAUUCCUCAGCGAAGGCUUCAGAAUUGCAAACAUAUCCAGCAGUAUGGCGUUCGAAAUUCUAGGUCGCUCAUCAGUUCUGGAACCGUCCACGAGCCACUCCAGGAUAACUCAACUUACCCACCUACAUCAACAUCCCACAGAGUCACAGGCAAAGAUGCCACCUCGAGCUCGAAUACCCUGCAGUUACAGAUACACUCCGCCGCGGACAGUGCUUGCACCGGGCGAGCUGGUCAUCAUGAGUCAAACUCCUAGCGAUACCGCUGAAGCCAGUAGUACUAUUAACAAGGAAAGUCCAUCGCACACCGCAGUGCUCAUCAUCACGUGCACAGGUCGCAGCUCCAAAAUGGGGGUGAAAACACUUUCCUCCCUCGCCGACAAGCCGUUAGCCAGAUGCAAACAGCCAAUCACUCGAUACUGGGCAUGGUACCCAGCCGACUCACCGGAUCUACUGGUCCCCCUCCCCACCGAGUGUGAAGACGACGACUACCAGAUCCAGACAGAUCCGGUCAAGCCGCCUGUCUUUAUAUUCACCCGAAGUGCAAGUUGGGCCCACUCGGAUGUACUGAAAGGCUACGACUCGGUGUCGCUCUCUUCCCUCCAGCAGAUUCUUGCAGUUGCCGCCGAUCUCGAGGCACGUACGAUUACCUUCACCUUCGCCUGCGAUGUGUCAAGCAACAAGACGCCGGAAUCUUCGGUACCCAGCUCACUUUUCACCUGGAUGCCGAUGGAGUCUAUCGAAGCUGACCCAUCCUCGGCACGGGCCGGUCCUCAUGGUGGACAGAACACUCCAGUGACCAGCUUCACAUUCAUACGUGAGGAUGGUGAAGGGGAAAUUCCAGUGACCGGGUUCACCUUUGUAUGUGAGAAUCAUUCCGCAGCUAUGGCAAGUGCGAGGAGAACCUUAUCAAUGAGUACGUCUUCGACGGAUUCCGCUAGAGGCACCACUCUUGAGAGCGGACAAGAAUGUGACAGGCUCCACGACAUCACAGAUGAUAUCCUGCAAGAUCCUGAAAUCGAAGAGAUGGAAGACAACGUGACAGGUGCGAGUGGACCCUUACUGUAG